GCUGCUUCCAGACUGGAAGGUCAAGCCGAACCUGGAUGUUUGUACUGACCUGCUUGAUAUUUGAGCCGAUUUAUCUCCUUGAGGGACGACACUUUUCCUUCAGUGCACCAUUCACAGACCAAUUUCCAUCGACUUUUAUCUCGAACUUAUCCUCGUUCAAUCUGUUUCGAUAAUCACAUUCAUCCAUCAUGGGCUCCGAGUUCAAGUCGCCCAGCCCGCCCAGUGCUCAGCAGGGUAUGCAAGCGUACGCUGCGCCGUCUCUUUUCCAGCCGCACCGAGCCCGCCAGGCCAUCAGCGACGCGUACGAGAAGAAGAUUCCCUGCCUGAUCGGAUACUACGCUGGCCUCAGCUCAAUCCCAAUCACACGCUUUUUGGCCCCCAUGGGCUACGACAUGGUCUGGAUCGACUGGGAACACACCUCUUGUAAUGUCGAGACGAUGACCACCAUGGUCCACGAAGUCAUGUUCAUGAGCGGUGGUCGCACCAUCCCAUUUGUCCGCGUCCCCGGCCAUGACCACGCAGCCAUCGGCUACGCCCUGGAUGCGGGCGCGAGCAUCAUCAUCCCACAGCUUGAGACGGUCGAGCAGGCAAAGCACGUUGUCUCGGCAGCCAAGUUCGGCACUGCGCAGAACGGCACACGGUCGGUCCCGCCUUUCCGGCUGGUUCCGGGCAUCACCGACCAGGCUAUCGAUGGGAAGCGCGACGUCUGGCAGAAUAUCAAUGAUCAGGCCGCCAUCAUGGUGCAGAUUGAGACGCUCAAGGGCAUCAACAACCUCGACGCAAUCCUGACCGAGGUCCCUGAGAUUGAUGUCGUCUGGUUGGGCGGCCUUGACUGCCGCGUCAGCAUGAACUUGCCUUGCAAUGGUGGCAUGGGCACCGAGCCGAUGUGGUUGGCUGCCGUGGAAACGUUUAACAAGACACUCAAGAAACACAAGAAGCCCAGGGCUGGGUUUUGCUUCCAAACGGGAGAUGUGCUGAAGAAGAUGGCCGAGGAAAAUGUUAUUCUCGUGCAUACUGCUGAUGUCUUGAAGCUGUGCGAGAUGGCUCCGAUGCUUGCUGCCGCUCGAGAGACGGUGGCACUCAAGGCUCAGUAAUUUGGGUUCUACAGGAACGGGUUGACGAAAUUGGCUGUGAUUCGGUAGAAGGUUACUCACGUGUGCAGAAUAGAUAUGAUAGAAUGGACUGAGCAGGCUCAUCGAGGGGAACUCAAGGAUACUCAUUGAUAGAAAGGUUCUACUAAUGGUCU